UUCUGCUACAAUUUUUACUUCCUCUUCUCCCUUCCUCCUCUCCCACCCCUUAAGCCUCUGCAUUUCUUUCCCUCUAUUUUCUCCCUCACCCUUUCUUCUUCUGCCUUACCCAAACCCUGCCCUCUUUUUCUUUCCUAAUCCUACCCAUUUGGUUCUAUGUGUUUUUUUCCCCUUUGCAUCACAACAAUUUCUCCUUUGAAUCUCGAUGCAUGAUUAAUACCUAUAACAUAUGUUCAUGUGUCACAUAAUUAAUGUCUCCAGUCCUCAGUGAAAUCCUUCGUUCCGGGUUUAUGAUCAAUUCCUCCCUCAGACGCAGGACCCACUUAGUUCAAUCUUUCUCCGUUGUCUUCCUCUAUUGGUUCUAUGUGUUCUCAUAAUUAACCCACCCAACACCACUUUACCUUAUAUUAGUAUAUGGUCCUAUAUCUUAGUAAUCAUAAUAAUAAUUGUAGCUUAAAUCACUUCUUAUCUCGGGUCUCAAUUAGAAUUUGCAAUUUUUGUUUUUUUUUUUUUCAAGUUUGGUGUAAAUUAUAUGAUAUGAUGGCCUCAUCCAGUGGAACCUCGAGCAUGUCUACGAAAGAGGAGGAUUUGCAGGUUCUGAUGGAACAAAGAAAAAAGAAGAGAAAGCAAUCGAACCGCGAAUCAGCGAGAAGAUCGAGGAUGCGAAGGCAGCAACACGUGGACGAUCUCAUUGCACAAGUGGAGCGUCUCAAAAGGGAAAAUAGCAUAAUCAUGGCCAAAGUGAACGUCACCACCCAACACUAUCUCAAGGUGGAGGCCCAAAACCUCAUCCUCAGGGCCCAGAAAACUGAACUCACCCAAACCCUGCAAUCACUCAACGAUAUCACCUACCUCAUCAACUCAACCACCACCGAUCAUUAUAAUUAUUAUGAUACUAAUAAUAAUUAUUAUUAUUAUGACAAUAAUAAUUUCAUCAACACCAUGCACAUGGCCUAUGUUAACCAACCAAUUGUGGCUGCUGCAGACAUGUUUCAGUGGUGAAAUAUCUCACAAAUUAAGGAAUGGUUCGUACUGUUUUGAUUGUACUAGUGUUUCUGUUUGGUAAAUAUAAAAAAUGUUAGUGGCACCUGCUCUACUACUAGGGUGAGGCAAUGUUUAUUAUUGACAUAUCAUUAUUGUUACUAGAGUGCCAGAACUUUUGCUACGGUGUGCUUAAAUAAUGGAAUCAAAUCACAUGAUGGCAUUUGAUUAAGUCAUAAAGUUCUGUUGCUUGUUCACCAGAGUCGCAUGUUACAUGCUACAUGCCACUGUCCAGUGUUUUGGAAAAAUGGAUGUCGGUGUAAGUCAUAAGUGCAUUCUCUGCUUUCUUUUGUUUCUUUUUUUCUUUUUUUCUUUUCAUAUAUUAAUAUAAUAAUGCGUAUGUUAUUA